AUGUCCUUCUUGAAGGGAUUUGAGAUAAAGUCCGUCCAGGGGAAGAAAACUACCACCUGGAUAAACAAGGAUAUUGCCCCUUUGCCUGCUGCCAGAAGAACAUGGGAUGUACUCACGUUUCUGGGUUUCUGGAACACAGGUAACUUCACUGCAUCGAGUUAUUCCGGAGGUUCCUCGCUGGUGUCACUGGGACUAUCAAUUCCACAAACCGUUGGAAUUCUAAUGGUUGCGAAGGUCUUUGUGGUGAUAUCUGCGGUUAUGAACGGUUGGGUUGGUGCAAGAUUCCACAUCGGGUUCACAGUGACUCAGAGGCAGGUGUUCGGUGUGUACGGAAGUGGGCUCGGCAUUGCAAUGAGGAUUAUUCUGGGAGUAGUAUGGUACGGUAGUGGAGGAUGGAUGGGUGGUCUUUGUUUGGGAACGUUGCUAUCUACAAUUUUUCCAACUUACCAGAACAUGAAGAACACUUUUCCAGAAAGCGUGAACAUGACCACUAAGGACUGUGUCAGUUACCUUCUCUACCAAUUGAUCUGUAUGCUAUUACUGGCAUUUAAACCUGAAAAGAUUUAUAAGCCAGUGACAGUUGUUGCAUUCUACAAUUUCCUCACAAUGAUAGCCAUCGUCUCAUGGGCCCGUACUAAAGCUGGGUCCAUUGGGCCUUUGGUGCAUACCACCACCACGGCCAGUGGCUCUGAGCUUGGGUGGAUUUGGAUGUACGGACUUACGUCUACUUAUGGUGGAAUUGCAUCAGGAAUUGCGAAUCAACCGGACUUUGCUAGAUUUGCUAGAAAAGAGACUGACCCUAUUUUGGGUAAUUUCUUGGGUCUUUGGUUCUUCUCCAUCCUGGUUCCAGUGAUAGGUAUUAUCACCACCUCGUGUCUGCUGAAAGUUUACGGUGCAGAGUACUGGAAUCCAAUCUAUGUCGUUCAACUGUGGUUGGAAACUGAUUAUGGUCCAAAGUCCAGGGCCGCAGCGUUUUUCGCAUCCUUAGGUUUCACUUUCGCACAGAUGGUCAACAAUGUCGUUGAAAACGGUAUUCCAGGUGGUAUGGACAUGGCUGGUGUUUGUCCAAAAUACAUAAACAUCUUCCGGGGCUCCAUCAUUAUAUCUCUGCUUUCUUGGUGUGUUUGUCCAUGGACCUUCUACAACACCUCGUCGAUUUUCGUGACGGUAAUGAGUUCUUUCUCUGUGUUCAUGGUGCCUUUGAUCGGUGUUUGCCUAUGCGAUUUCUGGUUUGUCAGAGGCCGCAAAAUUUUUCUGCUUGACUUGUAUCAUGGAGGGAAGGACGGGAAAUACUUUUACACCAAGGGAUGUAACUUUCGUGCCUUGGCUGCUUGGACCGUUGCGUUCACUCUCAACUUGCCAGGCAUGAUCCACCAGAUCAACCCCGACAUUUACGUCGCCCAAGGAAUGUAUGAUUACUACCGCGGAAACCUAUUCUUUGGUGGUGCUCUCUCAAUGUCUCUGUACUACCUGUUUUGCCGUAUUUGGCCCAUUGAUGGUGCCGGUGAAACAGACGAGUCAGACUACUUUGGAACCUUCACCACAGAGGAGGCCACCAGGCUGGGAAUCAUACCAUUCGACGAUAUUCCCGUCGCUGAAGCCGAACUUUUGUCUGAGAAGUAUCCAUUCUUGGCCAAUCAUGGUUUGGCGAGCGAAAAGGGUAACGAAUUUGACGUCAAUGUGGUAGAGCUUGAUGCGCCUGGUACUCUUAACAAGUUAAAGAGAUGGUUCGGCAAAUAUUUCGAAACUUGA